AAUAGGGCUAUGAGUAAUUACUUUAGACAAGAAUCCUUUGUAGAAGAACGAAAAUAAGUUACUCUCCCAUAAACAGAAUAUGUACUAUAAGUGAUGUUUAAUUGAAGACGACAAAAUAUACUAGAUCAGAGAGACCAUAAACAUAUUAAUUUUGGCAUAAAAAAGGAAAAUACAAUUCAUACUAAAGCAGAGUGUUAAGCACGAAUUACUAAUUGUAAACCCAAUAGAUUCCUGGAUAAUCCAUAUUACUUGGAGGUUGUGGUUAGACUUAGUAAUGUUGCACUCCUUGUGGUUAAUCAUCUUGUGGGCCAUAAUCAUAAGCAGUAGUAAGAUUGGGAGUAGUAUCAAGAGAAGAAAUUGAGGCACCUUGGAGAGAUGAAGUGCUCUAUUUAUAAUCGCUUAUUGCAGAAUUAGAAAAGAGGAAAGAGGUGUAAAUAGUUAAAGAGGUAGAUAAUACAAGAGUAAAUGUUAAAUUUAAAUUUUAGGUUCAUGAAUUAGAAGAUGAGAAUGAGAGAUUAAGAAUCUUAAUCCAGUAAACUAGAAGUGAAGUGAUUACAUAAAGAAUUACAGAAGUCAAUAAUGAAGCGGAAGUGUGGAAGAGAAAAUUUUAAGAAAUCAACCAUGAUUAUAGCGAGACCCAGGAGAAGUUGAUGAAUGCUGAAAUCGAACUAGAAGCCUUGAAAAAGCAAAAGGUAUGAGAAUGAGAUGUAUUAGAGGUUGUAACUACGAGUAGUACAGUGACUAGGUCAGUUGUGAAAAGUUCAGGUUCAACUGUCAGAUAGUCGGUGUCCGGUAUUAAGCCUAUUGUUUGA